AUGCUCAGCCUAUACUCCACAGACGAUCAAUUGCCGACGUAUUCAGGAUACAAGUCGUAUCGAACAGCGACGUCCGGUCGCCUAUCAUCACAUUGGGGUCUACCAGCUUCUUCCACCUUACAAGACUCCAGGACAAAUGCAAAUGCCGCUCUCGUGUUCGAAUAUUGCUACCGGUUCAUCAACAUCUGCAAGUCAUAUUUUGGAAAGAUCGACGAAGAGGCAGUGAAAAAUAACUUUGUGGUCAUAUAUGAGUUAAUUGAUGAGAUCAAUGACUUCGGUUACCCCCAAAACAGCGAGAUCGACACCCUAAAGUCCUACAUCACGACUGAGAGUAUAGUGUCAUCAUCCAUAGCAGCGGAAGAAUCGUCGAAGAUUACAUCUCAAGCUACAGGCGCAACCAGCUGGCGACGUGCAGAUGUCAAAUAUAAGAAAAAUGAGGCAUUUGUUGACGUGAUAGAGACGGUCAACUUGAGCAUGAGUGCCAAAGGUAAUCUCUUACGCGCAGACGUGGAUGGCCACAUCCAAAUGCGGGCAUACUUGUCCGGUACUCCAGAAUGUAAAUUUGGCCUUAACGACAAGCUUGUCAUCGACAAAAACGAAAAGGGUAUUAGCGAUGCAGUCGAGCUCGACGAUUGCCGAUUCCAUCAGUGUGUUCGAUUAAACGAUUUCGAUGCUACGCGGACGAUCAGCUUUAUCCCUCCAGAUGGCGAAUUCGAGCUUAUGCGAUAUCGCUCGACGUCGAACGUUAAACUACCGCUCCGAAUCAUACCUUCCGUUACAGAAGUGGGAACGACACAAGUCCAAUACACCAUCACUGUCAAAACCAAUUUCAACAACAAAUUAUCCGCUACUAACAUUGUCCUACGGAUACCAACACCUCUAAAUACGACUACUGCGGAGUGUAAAGUUGCCACGGGCAAGGCAAAAUAUGUUCCAGCUGAGAAUGUGAUUGUCUGGAAGAUUGCACGGUUACAGGGUGGGCAGGAGUGCUCGCUGACGGCUUCAGCUGCCCUUACUAUCACAACAACCCGUCAAGUUUGGGCGAGGCCACCCAUUGAAGUCGAUUUCCAAGUGCUUAUGUUCACCGCCUCCGGGUUGAUUGUUCGUUUUCUCAAAGUUUUUGAAAAGAGCAACUACAACAGCGUAAAGUGGGUUCGGUAUCUGACCAAAGCUGAAGGCUCCUAUCAAAUCAGGUUCUGA